AGCCGGCUCUCCCCUCCUCCUUCUCCCCUCCCCUAGCUAAGCAUCUGCCAGGAGCCGGAAGAUCCAGCUGCAGACUCCUCCCAGGCCGGCCAAGGGCUUGGGAGCCCAGGCACUCCGGGAGCCCGGAACACCCCAGCAACCACACUGAGGCCCGAGUCAGAAAUCAUCAUGAGUCAGUUUAACUUUGGAUCUAGUUCUGCUGGGGGAGGGUUCAGCUUUGGUACGCCAAAGACAGCAACUACCACAGCACCAGCAGGAUAUUCCUUUUCCACACCUGGGGCUGGAACUGGAUUCAGUUUUGGGACACCAACUCAGACUCCAGCAAGUACCCAGUCUACGGGUCUGUUCUCUUUGACGACCCCUGCUACUUCUGCGCAGGCUUCUGGAUUCACUUUUGGAUCACCGGCCACAUCAACUGCAGCCCCAGCAGGAAACGUAUUCUCUUUAGGGGGAAAUGUACCAAAGUUAAACUUGGGCAGCAGUGGCACCACUCAGACUACAGGAAUCACAGGGGGGUUUGGACUUGCUAACAGUACUGCCCUUACCAGCUCUAUACCUAGCAGCGUGUCAUCAAGUCAAAUAGCACCUUCUGGUUUUGCCUUUGGCCCCACUGCCGCCGCUACCGCCGCAAACACCACCCCCCAAGCUGGAGCAACUGGGGGGUUCAGUUUUGCCAGCAGCGGAACAGCUCAGACUGGAACCCCAAACUUUAGUAUCAGCUCUGUGGGAAAUACAACUCAGCAAAUAGCACCUACAGGGUUAAGUUUUGGAGCAACCCCAGCUGCUGCCACCAUUGCUGCAACUACUGCACAACCCCCCCCUGCCUUCAGUCUUGGGGGACAGUCCACAGGUUUAAGUUUUGGAAUGCUGGCCUCGACAGCACCCACUUCUGCACCCACAGGAACAUUGACAGCUACUACCAUCCAAGGACCUAGUUUAUCAUUUGGAACCAAACUUGGAGGCUUGACUGCAACAUCCACAGCCGCUACCACCACACCUUCCCUUCUUGGUUCGUCUGGGCCUACAUUGUUUGCAUCAAUAGCAGGUUCUUCAGCACCAACUUCCACUGUUGCCGCAGGCCUCUCACUUGGUGGCACCUCAGCUGCAACAACCAGUCUGGGUACUCUUGGAUUUGGAUUAAAAGUCCCUGGAACGACAACUGCUGCAACCAUCACAACCACCAGCACUUCUUCUGCUCCUAGCACAGGCUUUGCCUUGAAUCUUAAACCACUGACCACUACUGGUACCCUUGGUGCUGUGACUUCUACUGCUACCAUAGCAACUACAACAACCAGCGCUCCCCCAGUGAUGACUUACGCCCAGCUGGAGAGUCUAAUUAAUAAAUGGAGCCUAGAACUGGAGGAUCAGGAAAAGCAUUUUCUUCACCAGGCUACACAGGUCAAUGCCUGGGAUCGGACACUGAUAGAGAAUGGAGAAAAGAUUACUUCAUUACACAGAGAGGUGGAGAAAGUGAAGCUGGAUCAGAAGAGGUUGGAUCAGGAACUUGAUUUCAUCCUGUCACAACAGAAAGAGCUGGAAGAUUUGCUGACUCCUCUGGAGGAGUCUGUAAAGGAACAAAGUGGGACUAUCUACUUGCAGCAUGCAGAUGAGGAGCGAGAGCGAACCUAUAAAUUGGCUGAAAAUAUAGAUGCCCAAUUGAAGCGUAUGGCACAGGAUCUCAAAGACAUCAUUGAGCACCUGAACACAUCUGGGGGCCCUGCCGAUACCAGUGACCCACUCCAGCAGAUCUGUAAAAUUUUGAACGCUCAUAUGGAUUCGUUGCAGUGGAUUGACCAGAACUCUGCUCUGCUGCAGAGGAAAGUGGAGGAGGUGACGAAAGUUUGCGAGAGCCGCCGAAAGGAACAGGAACGCAGUUUUCGGAUCACGUUUGAUUGAGCAAUCCAAGAAAUCGCUACUGCUAUAAUAUUUACUGGAUAGCCAUUAUGUAAAAACUUUGCGAAAAUGGAGUAAAAUUGUGAUAUCCUCUUGGUGUUUUUUUGUUUUAAUAAAGUGCUUUUUUGUGUCAAACCUCCUAUACUGAUUCACACCAUAGAUUGCAUGGAGCUUCUUAGUUCUGCAGCAUUUCUGUGAAUUUUUUUUUUGUACAUAUGUUUCAUUCAUUUAACUCAGUUAUUGUUUGCUGACUUUUUAGAAUAUUUUAAACCCCAAGAAGUGACAGGGAUAACCUCUCCAGCUCAGUAUUACAUUAAAAUCGGACUUAUGAUGAUGUACAUUCAGAUCUAAGCUUUGCAUAUGCUAUUGAAAUAACUUUUUCAAAAUGCAAGUAAUACAUGUUUGCCACUGAGUCAGAUCAUCAAACUGAUGGAAGUCACUGGCAAAGUGACUUUAACCAGUUUGUUAAAGUGGUAAACCAGCUUUGGAAAGCAAUAGCCUCUUGUGCAGAUAACAUUUAGUUCAUUUCAGCUUAUUCAACUGUUUCAGUUCAGUGAUUAGUUCAUUAAAUGUUAAGAUGAUUGGGAGUUGAGGUGGAGCCAGGGCCUGCUUGUUUUCUCUUCCACUCUAUGAAAAAGUGUGAGCAGAUGGUGACCAGAAGCAAUAGUUCCGUUCAAGUACAGAUAAUACUUCCUUUGUUUUAAUAAGUUUUAAAUGCAAACAGGUUUUGAUAAACUUCUUUUCUUAUGUA